AUGGCGCCGAAGAAGAAGAAUAAGAAGGAGGCGAACGCCGCGCCCGCGCCCGCGGCGAAGAAGGCGAAGAAGGAGGAGCGCGUCGGCGAGAUCGAGGAGGCGCCGGCGCCCGCGUCGGAAUCGGACGAAAAAGCGCCCGACGACGCCGACGACCUGGACGACGACGACCUCGACGACGACGACUACGAGAACCCAGACGACGACCUCGAGGGCCUCGUCGGCGAGCUCCUGAACGGCGAGAUCGAGGACGAGGACGCGGAGGACGGCGGCACGCACGGCGCCGUGGACGCCCUGCGCGCCGGAUUCCAACCGAUCGUCGUCGAGGACCCGCGCCCGGCGAAGGACUGCGAGGACGGUUUCGCGCACGCGGAGGCGGGGAACGCGGAGGAGCUCAUGCAGUGGCUCAUCGCGCCGUACUCGCUGGACGACUUCAUGAGGCUGACGUGGGAGCGACGGCCGCUGUACGUCUCGAGAAACGCGAACAAAAAGUAUCUCGACGGAUGGCUCUCCAAGGAGGACGUGGACGGGUGGCUGCGCGCGGGGAAGAUGCGGUACGGCGUCAACGUGGACGUGACGUCGUACGUGAACGGCGUGCGCGAGACGCACAACAUCAACGACGACGACGCCGACGACGAGGAGCCGUGGUUCGCGGACGCCGCGUCGGUGUGGAAGAAGUUCGACGAGAAGGGCUGCUCGCUCCGGAUCUUGCACCCGCAGCGGUGGAAAGACGCGCUGUGGAAAAUGCUCAGCACGAUGGAGCGGUACUGGAACUGCAGCACGGGCUGCAACGUGUACCUCACGCCGCCGAACUCGCAGGGGUUCUCCCCGCACUUCGACGACAUCGACGCGUUCGUGUUGCAGCUGGAAGGGAAGAAGACCUGGCGCGUGUAUCCGCCGCGCUCCGAGAAAGAGAUGCUCCCGCGGUACUCCUCGCCGAACUUCGCGCAGGACGAGAUCGGCGAGCCCGUGCUCGAGGUGAUCCUCGAGCCCGGGGACGUGCUGUACAUGCCGCGAGGGACCGUGCACCAGGCGUCGUGCGUCGACGGGGAGCACUCGCUGCACGUCACGCUGUCGACGAAUCAGUUCAACACGUGGGCGGACGCGCUCGAGCUCGCGCUCCCGGCGGCGAUUCGCGACGCGGUCGCGGAGCUCCCCGCGCUGCGGCGGUGCCCGCCACCGGACAUGCUUCAGCGGCUCGGGAUCGGCGCGAGCGACGACGGCGACGGAAGUGACGGCGGCGGCGGCGAUCGAAGAGACGCGUUCGUCGGCGCGCUUAACGAGCUCGCGUCCGCGGUGCUCCGCAGGCUCCCGCUCGACGCCGCCGCGGACCAACUCGGCGCGCGGCUCAUGAAGCAGCGGCUGCCUCCGCCGCCGUCGCACCUCGCGACGCCGAAGGCGGCGUCCGGGCCGGACGCCGCGAAGAAGGUGACGAUGGACAGCGUCGUGCGGUUGACCGCGGAGGGCGGCGCGAGGGUGGUGGUGGACGGCGACGGCGAAGACGUCUUCGGCGACGGCGAGGCGCGCGUGACGGUGUACCACGUGCACAAGAACGGGCGGAAGCUGCACAUGGAAGGCGGCGACGGCGAGGGCGACGGCGACGACGAGGAGCCGUGGGACGGCGAGGACAACGAUCAUGCCGGCGACGGCGGCGCGAAGGCGUGGGUCGAGUGCGACGAUUACGAACCCGGGAUGAUGCUCUUCUCCGCGAACGCCGGUCCCGCGCUCGAGAUUCUUCUGCACUCGGAAGACGCCGCGGAGACGGGCGUCGCCGUGCGCGACCUCGAGAAGAUCGAGUGCACAGUCUGCUCGAGAUCUCACGACAAUUUCAUCGAGCCGGGGCUGGACGUCGCGUCGGGGAGAGACACGCUGAUCGCCGUGCGCCGGCUCGUGUGUCAGGGCGUCCUCGCCGUGGUGUCGUGACGACGACGACGACGACGACGACGAGAGAAGACGGACGCGGCGCGUCCGCGGUGUAUCACACUGCAACAUUGCGAUGCGCGGCGAUGGUAUUAGGUAUUACAAUCAAAUCAGACGCGUCAUCG